CGUCAAUUUUAACAUGAAAAUAUUUUGAUCAGCAUUCAGCUGAUUUAUUGAACAAUUUGCGUUCUUCAUUUAACACUCGAAACGGCAAAAUUAUUUAUGCAUCAUACGCUUCGCUUAGGUUAUUCAAGAUCAAUGAGUACGACGGGGAUAAUUACGAAUGCUAUUAGAACUAAACUUCAAUCAGCUUUACAAACGAAACACUUAGAAGUUAUAAAUGAAUCCCAUAUGCACAAUGUACCUAAAAACGCGGAGACGCACUUCAAAGUUGUUGUUGUGUCAGACAAAUUCGACGGACUAGCUUUAAUAAAGAGACAUCGGCUAGUAAAUGACAUACUGAAAGAUGAACUUCAAAAUGGUGUACACGCUUUAUCCAUAGUAGCAAAAACACCAGAGCAAUGGGAUUCGAGUGACAAAGUGGUAGAAAGCAGCCCUAAUUGUAGAGGUGGAUUUGGUAAAUAAAGUAAAAUAUAGAGUCAAAUAUCUAGUUACUCAUACAAGCGCACCACAAAUAUUAAAUUAUUAUCAUCAUGCAUUCAUAUGAGUGAUGCUCGUACUUACUAAGAUAUUAUAGUAAGUGUGAGUCUAAGAGUAAAGACAGCAAAAAAUAUCUAUAUUUUUUAUUAUUAAUAAAUAAUUAUUUUAAUGUCAAUGGG